AUGUUCUCAGUCAUUGUUCCAGGGAGACCCUGUCUCACGGACAUCGCUGCUAUCGAUGCCCAGCCGAACGCUCAACCGACCAAGUUCGCGUUCACGUUUCCCGCAUAUCCAAAAUUCAACCACAUUGUCGUCUUCUUCCUCCCAGGAACCGUCCUGCCCCCGGACACAGCCGCAGCGAUCUAUAUCCAGUCUCCUGAAUCCAAACCGACGCCGAACGGUCCCGAAUUCCGAUUCCUAGGCGCGAUAUCGAACGAGAAGCCCUCCGCGAUCUUCAAGAUCGGGUCCUCCUCGCAGCCCCGUCGCUCGGAGGCCGAGGAGGAAGACCAAAUGCUGGACGAAGACGCGACGGGCGCACGGGACGUGACCAACGGACAGGUGACGCUGGGCAUCUCGAUAGAGCCGGCGCAGAGCGUCGCGGCGCAGCUCGCGACGCUGAACGCGUCCCGGAAUCCUCCUGAGCUUUCUUCCUCCACCGCCCUGGUGCGCCAGACGCCGCAGCAGAAGCAGAUCACCACGAAGGUGCUUGCGCAGAGGAUUAUCGGGAACGCGUUCAAUUUCCUGGCCAGCUUCGCCGAUAACAAGCAAGGGGAGGAGAUGGUGCCGCUGAAGAGCUUCAGGGAUUGGUGGACGAAAUUUGAGAGACGCAUAGACGUGGACCCGUCGUUUCUGGAACGCGAGGAUCCUACUCAAACUUGA